UCUCCCUCUUUUCCUGCCCUGGCUCUUUCCGUUCGGUGAAAAGGAUGGGAUGGAACCGACGACGCUGCUGUCUCCGGCGGCUGGAUUUCCAGAGCUUCGAUCUGGCAUUGGAGCCAAGAAAUUCGGACUACAGAGCAGUGGCAGCGCUAUGUUAUCUUGACACUCUUCAGCUCCGAUUAGGUGCCUUGGGCAUCGGGUCGAUGUUCAACACUUCCAUGGCGACGAACGGUGCCUGGAGGACAGAUCAAGCACCGCUGAGUGCCAGAUCGGGCUCAAACAUAGAACCGAAACCCUAGGGCUUCAUGGACCGGAUUCGUUUUCAAGGUGCCAGCAGGGGUAAUGAGGCCCUUGGACCUGUCCUUGGAGCCAUGAUCCAAGCGGCUGCCCUCAAUUUUCUCGGAUUCUUGGACUCUUUCGAUCCCUCGAUCUCGCACUUUCCUCUGCCCAUCAAAUUCAUGUUUGGUAGAGGAUCACAUGUUUAUUCAUAUGCCAAGCAUUGUUAUCUAGGCCAGAGGUUACUCAGAAAUAGCAACAAGGUACUACUUGGGUUAAGCUCAAUCAUUUCAUGCAAGAUCCACCCAUGUUUAUUUUUCAUGGAUGAGUUCGGCUUGACAUUCCAAUUUUAGCUCUGGCUAACAGAUCACCAUUACCAUAAGAGCUGUAAGGCCAGUUGACUGAGGUUUUUGUCUUACGUAUGCUACUGGAUCUCACAGAAGGAAACAGAGAGCAGAAUCCAUGCUGUUUUGCCCAUCAUCCGUUCCUUUCCUUUAAAACAUUAAUAUGCCUGUAAACAUUAUGCUUAAUGUGGUCUUGAAGUACUGUUGCCAAUAGUAACAUGCCUAGAUGCUUUAUACCUUAUAGAUAUGAUGUUUUCUUUUUGUCAUGCUGAAUUACAACAAUUUUCUUCUUAGGUCCUUUAGGAUAUUACUUGACAUUGUUACAAUUUGAUGCUUUAUACCUUUUAUUAAGCUUGCAAUUUGAAAUGGUUGGGUUUUCAAGGUGGUGUGGUGCUGUUGAUACUGGACAGUCUUUUGCUAUAUUGAAGUCAUGAGACGUGCUAAUUUCUAAAUUGCUUGCUCAACCCCUAUCGGUAUUUUUAUCUUGCAUCCUCUUAUUUUUAUGGUAACAGAUAAUCUUUAUUGUAAGAGGUGCAACUUCAAGCACAGUCUCUGUUCUCUCACAUCCUCUCUCACCUCCCUCUAUCCAGAACCAGAUCAGGUUAGUCGGUGGAACCGAGCAGUGGUAAUUGAAUCCUUUUCCUAAUCUUCUUCUGGCUUUUGUUCAGAUUGAAUAUAAGUUCUUUUUGUCCACUCGCUUAUUAUGUUAAAACUUCCGUAUGGGCCAAGCUUUAAAAUUAACAGGCCGUUUAAUGCAAUUCCACUUUCUCACAGGAGUGGAUUGAAGGACCGAUACGUAAACGAGUCAGUUAUUUUUUGUUGUAUUUGUUCUCUCAGAUCUUUCAUCUUUUGUUUCUGUCAGUAAAAAUGUCCACUCUUGUUAUUCGGUGAUACUUGGAUAGACUCUUAUUACGGUAUGGGUUCAUUUUAUUGGAAUUUUACAGGCCCAAUUUGAAAAAAUAUGGGCAUUCGGG